AAUGUUAGAUAUAGUCGAAGCAAAGUCGAUGCGUACUGUAGAAAGACGAUAAUAGACCUUUAAUUGUGAAUUUUAAAAUUCCUAUUAUCCGUCUUAAACUUCUCAUAACAUGUAACAGUGGAAUGAAGACUGACCUUUUGAGGCUAACGUAUACAGGGAUAGCAAAGUUCUUCAGCGACAAGAGCAAUCACGGUUGGAAGAACCUUGGCGUUUGAAUGUGAAGGAUGGAUAUGCCGCAGAUGGGCACGAUAACAAAAGUAAACGUUCCCGACAAAGAUAAGGUCAAAUAUGACGCUGUAAAGGAUGGAGUCUUUACUCCUGGAUCUCCUGCAAUAUCCCUGAUGGACCGUCGACCAUCUUCUCUACCGUCCAUUAUCUCUGGGUCGGGAAGCAGCGAGCGAGACAUCUGUCGUAUCUGCCAUUGUGAGAGCGACGUUAAUAUGCCCCUCAUCUCCCCUUGCCCCUGUUCUGGUAGUUUAAGGUAUGUCCACCAAGCCUGUCUUCAACAAUGGAUCAAAAGCUCUAAUACAAGAUGCUGUGAACUCUGCAAGUUCGAGUUUAUUAUGGAGACUCAGGUUAAACCCUUCCGAAAGUGGGAAAAAUUGCGAAUGUCUCCAGUAGAGCGACGAAAAAUCUUGUGUUCCAUUACUUUCCAUGGUAUCGCCAUCACAUGCGUUGUGUGGUCGCUUUACGUUCUUCUAGAUAGAACUGCAGAAGAAAUGAAAUCUGGUGUCCUGGAGUGGCCGUUUUGGACCAAGCUGAUCGUUGUAGCUAUCGGGUUUACCGGUGGCGUCCUCUUCAUGUAUGUGCAAUGUAAGAUGUAUGCACAGCUCUUUCAACGCUGGAGAUCGUACAAUCGCAUCAUUUUUGUCAAAAAUGCUCCAGAAAAAUCCAUGGUUGUAACAGAACUCUUGCCUUCAAAGAUCGAAGAAGCUGUAAUGACGGAUAAGGCUCAUUCGAAGGAUGUUUCACCGGUCGAGGAAUUCCACAGCUGUAACAGUGGUAGCGUUAGUGACUUAGUCGCCAUUGAAAAAGACGAAAUGGAAGCUGGGUGUGCCAGUGAUGCAACCAGCAACGUUUCCGCGAAUGACGAAGACCCUCUAAUCGUUACAGUUGUCUCGGAAGAACCUGAUAACCGAAACUGUAAGCUAUGGCACAGUGAAGACCAGGAGAAUGUAUGAGCGUUGAGCUCAAAAUAAUAAUGAAUCGAUAAAUUGAAUAAAUUAGUGUAACGCAACAUUAUUCUAUGUAUAGCCACGUAGUUUCGUGGUUCGAACGUUUUUUUUUUCAAACUAUGCUUAAUGUGAUUCCUGUGACAACUGCAUUUUCGAAGAGUUUGGUAAACAUCCGUUAAAGAGCAUCAGUUCUUACGGUAUCCGUAAGUGGACUGUGUGAAGAUGCUGCGAGAUAAAUUUAAUAUAUCCAUUAUAUUGAACCAUUGACAUAAACUUUGUUGUCAUUUUUCCUCGAGUUACGAAAUAAUAAAAAAAAAAGUUUAGUGUUCAAAGCGUUUCCUCGUUGACAGUAGCUACAUAUGUUAGCAACGUACGUGCAUGUGAGCGUUUGGAGAGAAAAAGUUUUGUGAUGUAACACUAUUUCUUUGUCGUUUAGAAAAUAAUGAAAACUGAAAAAUAAAUUACAUUGAAUUUAAGUAUUCUAUAUUAUUAUUCGUGAAAAUACAUAAUUUAUACUAACUUUAACACUUAAAUUAUAACUUAUAUUUGUCACGUGAAACUAACUAUAUUAGUAUUCUAGUCAAUAUCUUGCGUGGUUUCCAAGUACACGUUAACAGUUCUGAAAUCUGACAUUUGUAGAAGUCUGUUAUUUCAAACUACUUAAAAUAAUGUAGUUUAUCAUAAACUUUGUGUUAUUAUUUUAAUAUUUUCACCUUUGUCGAAUUCCUGUAAAUAGUAGUCUUUUCUAAGAUCGAGGAUAAAAGAUUAAACUCGGAUUUUAGUUAAAUAGAUUAUUUCGUUCUGGGUUUAUAAAGCGUGGGGAACGUGCUUCGCAAGCUGUCAUGUUUAUAAAGUGUGAUGAUUUUUUUAUUAUUUGUGAAUAAAAGCAGUUGUGACCUUAAA